AACCUGGUUUUUAUGAUUGUUUUGCUGCCUGUCCUGACCCUUGCCUGUUUACAGAUUACUCUUUUGUCUUCGCCUGGAUAAUACUGCUUACCGAUACUGCACCCUGCCUGUCUACAAUAAAGCCCAAAUUUGGAUCCACAAUUGCAUUGUCACACUUGUCAUCCUUUAGCAUCCUUUAAUAGAGACCCAUCCCUACCUAAAACAAAUACAUCAAACCCCAAACCUGAAUGCAAACAGCCCAACACACAUGUAACAUCUCACAAGACAAUCCAGUUUAACUAACCACACCCAUCACAACCCAGCACACACAUUACACUACAGCGCAAAACCCAACACAAGAAGUCAGUGUAGAUCAUCUCAGACAACUGCAGCGAUUGCACUGCUGGAUCAUUUUGAAAAAGACAAAUUUGUAAAACAGUUGCGCAGCUCGUGAUUGUGAGCUCUCUUUGAGCAGUGUUUGGGACACACGGCAGCUGCUGCAGCUUUGGCACGGAUGCUUUUGGACUGUGUGUAACACUUUGAGAAUUAGUGAAAGGUUAUGGAUGUGGUAUAUUUUCUAAUGGAAAGAUGGAAAGGUCUGCAUGACUAAAGUGAUGAGCAGAGACAGCUGAGUCUGGGCAUUUCUCCCCUUCGGUGAUGAAGCAGCAAUCUGAAACAGAUUGUUGAUCGGUGCUCCCAAAGCCAGGGCUUUAUCCAAUCAGGGAGCAAACAUCACGGGUGGGCUGUACAGCUGUGACAUCACCACCCAUCCCAAUGACUGCACUCGAGUGGACUUUGACAAUGAUGUUGAUGCUCGUGUGGAGAAUAAGGAGAACCAGUGGAUGGGUGUAACUGUUCAGAGUCAAGGACCUGGAGGCAAGAUUGUGACAUGUGCCCAUCGCUACCAGCGCCUGUUGUUCCCCAACACCCCCCAAGAGGCGCGUGACAUCACGGGACGCUGCUACAUGCUCAGCCAGGACCUGAGCAUCGACAGCCAGUCAGACGAGGAUGGAGGGAACUGGAAAUUCUGCGACGGUCGCACCAGGGGUCAUGAGAGAUUCGGGGCCUGUCAGCAGGGCUUGGCUGCCACCUUCACUAAAGACUACCAUUAUGUCAUCUUUGGAGCACCAGGGGCAUACAACUGGAAAGGUAUAGUGCGUGUGGAGCAGAAGAACAACACUCUUCUGGAAAUGGGCUUGUUUGAUGACGGCCCUUAUGAGGUCGGGGAUGAAAACCGCCUGGAUCCAAAUCUAGUGCCUGUACCAGCCAACAGUUACUUGGGAUUCUCUCUAGAUUCCGGCCACAGCAUCACAGAGAAAGGCAGACUCGUCAUAGUGUCAGGAGCGCCGAGAGCCAAUCACAGCGGUGCAGUGGUGUUUCUGCGGACGGGGGGAGAAGUGUCCACCACGCUCACACCUGAACACGUUCUGGAAGGACCGGGACUCGCAUCCUCCUUUGGAUAUGAUGUCGCUGUGGUGGACCUGAAUGGAGAUGGCUGGCAGGACGUUGUGGUUGGUGCCCCUCAGUUCUUCCAGAGAGAUGAGGAAGUGGGUGGAGCCGUGUUUGUUUACAUCAAUAAGGCUGGAAGGUGGAAGGACGUCGCUCCCACUCGCCUGAAUGGAACGAAACACUCCAUGUUUGGACUGGCUGUGGAGAACAUUGGAGACAUCAAUCUGGAUUCUUUUGAAGAUAUUGCAGUAGGUGCUCCAUACGCAGACUCAGGGUUUGGUAGCGUGUACAUCUACCACGGAUCUGCUGACGGCAUCAAUACCACACCAGCUCAGAUUCUGGAGGGUAAACAGCACAACAUUAAGAUGUUUGGCUAUUCUCUGGCUGGAAACAUGGACCUGGAUCAGAACUCGUACCCUGAUCUCGCCGUGGGCUCGCUCUCUGACACAGUUUUCAUAUACAGGUCCAAAACUGUUAUCAGCAUCAAGAAAGACAUCAAGGUGACACCAAAGGAGAUUGACCUGGUGAAGAAAACAUGUGGCAACAGCGUCUGCUUGACUGUGGAAGCGUGUUUCUCAUAUAAAGCAAAGCCCUCCACCUACAACCCUAAACUCACCGUCUCCUGUACACUUGAGGCAGAGUGGUACCGCAGGAAGCUGGGUCUUCCAUCCAGGGUUGUGUUUCUGGAGAAGAGCGCGAUGGAUCAGGACUUCCAGUCGACCGGCUCUCUGGAGCUACGAGGACAGAACAAGAAAGCCUGUUACAAGACCAAACUCAGAUUACAAGAAGGCAUCAGGGAUAAGCUCAGAGCGAUUCCUAUCGAGGUGUCGGUGGCCAUUCAGAGCGCUAAGAGAGGCAAACGGCAGAGCUCUCUGCCGCAACUAACUCCAAUACUGGACUCCACUGUGCCCAACAAGACCAUCACUGAGGUGAACUUCCUGAAGGAGGGGUGUGGCACAGACAACAUCUGUCAGAGUAACCUACACCUGCAGUACAGGUUCUGCUACAGAGAGUCCAAACAAGAUGUGUUUCCUCCUCUACCGCUGGAGAAAGGUGUGCCGGUGAUUUCUCUGAGUGAUCAGAAGGACAUCGCUCUGGAGGUCACAGUCAGGAACAGGAAUGGAGAUGAUGCUCAUGAAGCCAAAUUGGUUGGGCAUUUUGAUGAAUCCCUCUCAUAUUCAGGAUUCAGAUCUACUGAUAAACAUGUGAUCUGCGCUGCCAAUCAGAAUGGCUCCCAGGCAGACUGCGAGCUGGGAAACCCUUUUAAACGGGACUCAGAGGUAACAUUCUACAUCAUUUUGAGCACUGGCAAGAUAUCACUCGACACCAAAGAGGUUGAGAUCGACCUUCAGCUGGAAACAACAAGUUUACAGGAAGGCCUGGGCAAAGUGAAGGCCAAAGCCAAAGUGGUGAUUGAACUACUUCUUUCUGUGCAAGGGGUUGCCAAGCCGUCUCAGGUCUAUUUUGGAGGUGAAGUCAGAGGCAUGAGCGCUAUGAAGACAGAGGAAGAAGUCGGCAGCUUGGUCGAAUAUGAAUUCAGAGUGAUUAAUUUGGGAAAGCCUCUGAAGUCUUUCGGAACUGCAUCUCUGAACAUCCAGUGGCCUAAAGAAAGCUCUGUGGGGAAAUGGCUGCUGUAUCUGAUGAAGAUCAACACCAGGGACCUGCAGUUAGUCACCUGUUCUCCUGAGAGAGAGAUAAACCCUCUCAGACUGAGCGAGGACUCAACAUCAACCAGGAGAAAGCGUGAGCUGGAGGAGCGGAAACCAUCUGAAGGCAGUAAAACAUCCCUCAUCCCUGACAAACGCAAGCACAAGAUUCUGUCUUGCAGUGGAGAUGCUAGAUGUGUGGAGAUCAAAUGCCCCCUACAGGGCUUGGACAGCACUGCGGUCAUCAUUCUGAAAUCCCGCCUGUGGAAUUCCACUUUCCUUGAAGAUUAUGUGUCCUACAGUUACCUCGAUAUAAUAGUGAAAGCCUCCAUAAGUCUGGAUGCUUCUGCCAAGAACAUUGUCCUUAAAAAACCAGAGACCCAGGUGAGGCUGACCGUGUUCCCGGAGACGGCCGUGACUCCGUUCGGAGGCGUUCCCUGGUGGAUCAUUCUGGUGGCUGUUUUAGCUGGAAUUCUAAUGCUGGCUCUUCUAGUUCUGUUACUCUGGAAGUGUGGAUUUUUCAAACGCUCUAAAUAUGAGGACAGCGUUCCGAAAUAUCACGCGGUGAGGAUUCGUAAGGAGACACGUCUCUUGAAAGAUGGAGAGGACAUGUUAGAUCCCUUGGAGAAGAAGCAAUGGAUGACCACAUGGAAUGAGAACGAGAGCUACUCAUGAGACUGUCUCUGCAUUUUUUGUCAUGUGGACACUUUGCUGCCAUCAGGCAUCUCUAGUUGUGAAAGUUUCAGAGGAAGUCCACCUCUGCAAGUCUGUGAGCCCACUGUUAUAGAGAGAAAUGGAGAUGCCUUUACAUAUCCAUAGGUUUCUGGUAACUAGAGGGUAAAACUGACUCCUGGACAUCUCUGUUUUGUUUGCAAUGCCACCCUUUAAAAAGUGUUGGUAUAUUUUUGGAAGAUGCAUGAGAUGCCAAUUGUUUUGAUUUUUUUAAUUUGAUUUUUUGUAAAUAUUUUACAAUGCAGUUUAUUUAUUUUGUCUUGUAAUUUUGUACUGAGAUGCCUACUGUGCAUGAACUGGCCAAAAAAAAAUUUCAUGUAUUUUUUUUUUUUAAUUCUGUAAAUUAGAUUGAAUGUCAGAUUGAGUGUCAGAAGAGAAAAAAUAAACGAGUCAAUGAGGUACUACUGAAAAAUGUUGUUUGACCCAAAACGCUUUGACAACACAUCUGCAUAAUUUGAUGUAUUUUUAACAUCCCACAUCUCUAGAAUGCUCACAAAAUCUAUUUUUUUUUUUACUUAGUUGGCACCUGUUGGCAUUAAAGGGGCUUUCUGCAGUUCUCCAGUAGUUCUGCCAUCCAUCGAUGUGGAUCAGCAUGAUUGUUUCGAGUUCUCUUAUGCACAGGGUCUCCAAACCUGCUCCCGGAAAGCUAUUUUCCUGCAGACUUCAGUUCCAACACACCUGCCUGUAAUUAUCAGCCUUGAACACAUUAAUUAGCUGGUUGAGGUGUGUUCGAGUGUGGUUUGAAAUCUGCAGGCUUUCCAGGAGGAAGGUUGGAGACCCCUGACUAUGCCUACUUUGUUACCUGUGUA